AUGGACUCCAUUCUGGCAAGUCAUGCAAGCCAAUGCAAGCAGGUCACUGCGAAUGUCUCCUGUGAAAACACUCGUUUCUCCCAGUUCCAAUUGUUGGGUACCGGAACAGUGGGAACGUUACUUGGCUCAAGGGUCUUAAAAUGUCUGAAACACUUUAACAUGCCCAGGCUCCGGCUCCGAAACGCAACUGCAGGAGCUUUUGCUUUGCUUUGGACUGCCCAGGCACUCUCAGGGAGGUCUAUGACUGGUGCUGAGCUUUACAUGUCCCCCGAAGGAUCACCCCAGCGUGUACCCCAGGCUUAUGGAGGUCUAUUUUUGGAAAGCUCCGGCCCAGGCUUCUCCAGCAUUGGCAGAAAGCAAUCGCUGGCUGGCGUGCUCAGAAGGGUACUUCUGAGAGCUGAGCGAAGUUGUAAUUGCACGUGGCAAUGCCAGCUACCAGGCGGACAGCCCGGCCACUCCGGUUACUCCGGAUGCUCCGGACAAGUCCUUGUCAUCGCUGCAGGGGACAGACACGACCCCUCGGCGAGCUUUAUGGCAGACCUCGUCUAUCCAGACGGCGUUUCGAUCUCUCAACAGAACAGACCUGUGGCGGAUCCAGAGCAGCCAAGAUCAGCCAAGCUGAAUCUGCCGAGAUGCGAUCGCCGCGAGCACGCCUGUAGCGAAAUGCACGAACGAGCAUAUGAUGCAGCAUAUGGGAUCAAAGGGCGGUUCCUGGGGUUUGGGGGAAGACCAGUUAUGCCAGCAGCUAUGGCGUCGGUGGCAGCCAUGUGUUCCAUGGAUGAGCUCUCCUCAUCCGUGGAUGCGGUGGAGCAGCAGCUGGAUGCUCUCCAAUCACUCCGUAACGAUGUGGAGAUGUUUGCGCAGAAGAUGAAGAGCAAGCUCAGCAGUAUGGAAGAUGCACUGCAGAAGAAGGUGGAAGACGUGUCAGAAGAAGAGUACGAGCCACAGAAAUCUGCGAGAGUCUUUGUCACGCAGACGACCACGCUUCUGAGCAACACGAAAGAGGCCAAACUGCACAAUCGGUGGAUUCGGUUGUCUAUGGAGGCAGAGGCCUUGCUCUCACUCUCCGAGUACCGGCGUUCGCCUUCCAAGAGAGGGACCAGAUCUACUUCUGAAAUCAAGGAGCCAGAGUCUGCACAUCGCACGCGCUUGCUUCAUCCUCUUGGCAGAGUCCGGGUGGUUUGGGAUAUUUGUGGUCUUUUGCUGCUUAUGGCUGAUACCUUCCUUUUGCCCCUCUCCUUGGCCUUUGAGUUGAGCUCGGGUACUCAAGACACUGGCAGUUUCUUACUGCUCUUGAACUACCUUGGUGGCAUGGUCUUCUGGACGGUGGACCUCUUCAUGAAUUUGAACACUGCCUUCUAUGAGAGGGGCGCCUUGGUUUUCGAUCGCGUGGCCAUCUUGAAGCAUUACUUGAAGACGUGGCUUCUGCUCGAUCUUGCUGUCGUUUCUUUGGACUACGUUACCUUGGCAAAUGUCCUGGGUGGUGAUGCUGGAGGAGACCUCCAGGUCUUGCGCUUCAUGCGCGUCGCUCGAGCCUUGCGCUUGCUGCGCUUGCUGAAGAUGGGACGCUUUGACGACAUGAUGCAAGAGAUUGCCGCCUCCACAGGGCGCCAGUGGAUCAUGCUGGUCGUCGCCAUUAUCAACACAACAGUGGCCAUCCUCUGCAUCGCCCACGUGAUGACGUGCGCUUGGGUGGGCAUUGUUCUCUACACCGAUCGAGAGGAUAACUGGCUGACCUUGUCCGCCAUGGCAAAUGCAGAGCCAGGUUCGGAUCCUUCCUUGGAUCCGGUGCUGAAGUACUUGCAUGCCUUUCGCUUCAUCCUCAACGCGCCGUCGCCACCUUUACUGGCAAAGGACAGUGUGGUGGAGCGGGUCUUUGACAUCCUGACCAACAUCUUCACCUUCGUGGUAAUCGGCGGUACCGUCUCCAAAUUAGUCGGGACUGUCUCGGAACUUCGUAGCAUGAACGCCGCGAAGUCCAGGCAGCGCAUCGACUUGCGCCUCUAUCUCCAGAGCCAAGAUGCAUCGUUCGAGCUCAUUUCGCGUGUCUUAAAGUUUGCUGACUACAAGCUUGACAAGAUGGUGCCAGCAACUUUCGAUCCAACCUUGAUAUCUCACACCUUGCAGACGGAGAUCUCCGUGAACCAGAGGGCCCGAUUUAUCAAGAUCGUUCCCAUCUUCGACUUGACCUGGCAGCUCUGGCCAGAGGUCUUUUCAAGCAUUUGCGUGGUGCUUCGAAAGGUCGUGUGUGAGCAUCAUGAGGAGGUUUUUACUGCUGGUGACUUGUCCACCUUGCUCUACGUGACAGUCACGGGAGAGUUCCGCCACGUUGAGGGCUUUGAAGGGCAGGGUGAAGUCACCGAGCUUUCAGGUGUGAACUACUUGGAGGAGCUCAGCCUGUACGUUGAUGCCCUCGCGCAUCAAUCUUCGUUGAUUGCUACCAGCUUUGCAGAGAUGUUCGUGCUCGAUGGUGACGGGUUGGUGGAGUGCUUGCAGCACACACCCACCUGUGCUGCCAUGUUCGUGGAAUAUGCCAAAGAGCUCGUCGCGAUAAUCAAGAAGAUCGGUGAGAAGGCCUCGCUCAACUUUCAGAUCGAGCUCUCCGAGUCAUGCGCAAAGAAGACCCAGACAUAUCAGGACCUGUACCCAAACCUAUCUACACGACUCGAAAACGUCGACCUUUCACACAUCCUCCCGACGGAGCACAGUCCCCAAUCGGAUUCUCUUUCUCCCGUUGCAUUCACAUCUUCGUCAAGUGAGACGGACGCGCAGACUUUUGUGCCGGCGUGGGGCACGGCGCUGCGAUGGUUCAUCGAGACUGGCUGGCCAGACAAGCUUACCAUUUCCGACCUUCCCGAGCAGCUGCAGACGAGCAUCCCAGAAAUCUCGCCAGAAAAUGGGUCCCACGUGCUUUUCGAGCAGGGCUUUGAAAGAGAUCGAGCCGAGUCUUCUUGCAUCUGUGUGUUGGCCUUAGUACACGACCGCUACGACAUCUUCACGAACGUGCAGCCGCCCCCCGCAAAGCUUCUGACGUCCCAAUGGGACCAGCUUCAGCACAUCAUGAGAUGGAUCAGUCCCACCGAGGAGAAGAUCCAUGCGGUGCUGGUUCUCCUCGCAAUCCGGUCCUUGGGAAAGUGCAAGAGGCUGGCGAACCAAGUGUGGCUGUCUGAAAGCAGCCCAGAAAACGUGGUGCUCCAUUUGAUUGACAGCUGCAAGAACGUCGUGCCCUCCGUGCACGGUUUGACUCCGGAGGGCUUGAUGCAUGCCAAAGGCGCUCUAAUGUUGCACUCAAUCUUCAAUCUGGCACAGAUGUUGCAAGGUGAAAACGUUCCUGCCAACGUGUUCCAGCUGCAGGAGAACGUGAAAAGGGAUGGCUCUGAGGUACUUCGCUUCUACAUCCUCUUCCUGCUCGGCUUCAUGAGCGGCCUCGCUGCCGGGCGAGGCUCUAAAUUCCUGACGGCAAAGCGUGCAGAAAGCGUCAUCGACGCCAUCCGCAUGCUCAAGUACCUUCUUGAGGACUCUGCCUGCAGCAUCUAUUGGGGAUUCCUCGGGGCUCGGGCGAACGUCUUGAACGUCCCCUUCGAGACUGCGGAAGACUUGGUUCUGCUGCGUCUGGCUUGCCUUUCACGCGUGGAAGAUCGAAGUGGCUACCGGCAGCUGCAGGUAGCCUGGCGCACGCUUGGUUCCGGUGAACAGACUACGUUGGUUCAGCAUUUCCUCGCCGAUGGCAUUGAAGAUCUGGCAAUGGUGUUCGAGUUCCUGCCAGACUGCGUGGCAAACGCUGUUCGCAACCCAGCUAUCGGCUUGAGCUGUCUACUGGAGCUGCUGGUCAACCUCAUUCACAUGUUGCAGCCGGCGGCAGCCGGAAUGUUGGCCAAUAUGCCCGGAGCACAAGUUGUUCUUGUGAACCUCUCCGACAUGAGUGAGUUCAUCGCAAGCGUUCGCAACCGCUUCAUCUUUGAGACUUGCAUCUCCCGAUGCAAGGUCAACUUUACCAAUGGGCGAGUUCAACUGGAGAUGACCGGCAGCAACUGGGCUCGCGUGAAUGAACCAAAUUCAGAUAUUACAAGCUUGGCGUACGGCGUCAAGGAUGUGCUCCAGAAGCAGAGAUCUUUGGAGACCCAGAUCCUGACAAAGCUUCGCGCUGGACCAGUGGAAACAUUCGAUGUGUAG